AUAAAAAUAAAUUAAAUAUACUAAGUGUUAAAAUUAGUGAUAAUUAUUUUUAAAUAAUAAAUUAUUCAUUUUCAUCAUGAUGUCAACAUCAACAACACAUUCUUCCGUUGUGCCUUUAAGGCCGUCGCAAGAUGCUCCAGUAUCACGACCCCGAGCUGUUUAUAGCAUCGAUCAAAUUUUAGGAAAUCAAAGUCGAAGAAGUGAUUCUGAAUCCUUAUCCCAUCAUCAUAGUCAUCAGCAUCACAAUUAUAAGGAAGACCCUUCGCCAACAAACACAGAUAAUGGCUGUGACGGAGACAACGACGACGACCUUUCGAAUAGUCUCAAUAAUGGUCAUGAUCAAAAUGACAUGGAACGUCCACGAAAGGUUCGAAGAUCAAGGACGACUUUUACCACAUUUCAAUUGCAUCAGCUCGAGAGGGCAUUCGAGAAGACUCAAUAUCCUGAUGUUUUUACCCGUGAAGAUUUGGCGAUGCGUUUGGAUUUAAGUGAAGCACGUGUGCAGGUUUGGUUUCAAAAUCGUCGUGCGAAAUGGAGAAAACGUGAGAAAUUCAUGAAUCAAGACAAAAAUGGAUACCUUCUACCUGAUCAAGGAAUGCCUGAUUUUCCUCUUGGAAUUCCUCUACCACAUGGCAUGGGAGGUCAUCCAGCAUCGAUACCAACUGAAUUUUGGCCACCAAAUUUCGCCUUGCAUCAUCAUUUCAAUCCAGCGUUAAUACCACAAAGUCUCAUACCCCAUUAUAAAUUGCCAAAUUUCCAAACCCUCCUAUCACAAUAUAUGGGACUGAGUAAUUUAAAUGGAAUAUUUGGUUAUCCACAAAAUUUAUCAAUGCAUUCACAAGUUAGCCCGCCAUGCAGUAAUAGUCCACCACGUGAAAGUCCACCAGCUGUAGCGAAAGUCGAAGAAUGAAGUUCAGCUGAAACGUAAAUGUUUUAAUUUGUAAAUAAAAAAAUAAAACAAAAAAUUAAAAAUUGUUAAUUGAAAUUAAAUUAGAUCUUAAAAAAAAAAAUGUGGUGAUAUCAAAAAUAAAUUAAAAUAA